AUGAGAUUCCAAAUAGCGCUUCUCUGCACUUUACUCGCUUGUCUCGCUACAAGCAACUUAAUUGAGGCGAAAAAUGUUUAUAGACGCGCAGAUAAAAUAUCAGAACAUUUUAAACAAAUCAACUUGGCAGAGGAUGAAAUCGAUCCAAAUGUAGCGCCAGAACCACCAAAAAUUGAGCAUGUAGAAACUGAAGAUAUAGAAGAUAUUACAGGAACUGCACAACCAGAAGAUGAAAUAAUUGAUGAAGCUGCAUUGGAAGCACUAAACAACGCAGAUACGUCGGCUAACGAAAUUAUUAGUACAAAUGGUAAUGAAGUAGAACCAGUAGCAGCUCCAGCUGCAGCAGUAGUGCCAACUGCAGCACCUGUUUCCAGUACUAGUCCUGCUAUUUCUAGUACCACUCCGGUAAAAAAUGAGGAUGAUCCCAGUACUAUUAGCAAAUAUUGCAAAUGUUCAGAUACGCACUGUGACUGUUGUCGUACUUUCGGUUUGCCAUUGAUUCCAAUUCGUGGUCCUGGUUGUGCAAAAAUUACAUAUUUAGGUGAUGAAAAAAUGUCAGUCUCCAUAAAAUAUGGCGAUGUUACCUUGGCUACAAGAACGAUUUCUGGUAAGAAAGCUAAGCCUAUUUGUGUGGGAUUACCUGGUGGCUAUUCAAAGUUCUGUGGACGUGUGUAUGGUCUUUCGAAAUCUAAAGAAAAUUUCAAAGCUUGCUUAGGAUUUGAAUUGCGUGCAGAAGAUGAAAUUGAGGCUGCAUUGCGUGUAUCGUGUUUCAAAUUUGGACCGGAAGGUUUAAGAGUAGCUGAAGCUGAGCCAUUGCCAAGUGAAGUAAACAAAGGCGAAGACGAUGAUGAUGAUGACAUUUUCGGCUUUGGAGCUGGUGGUGAUGAUGACGAUGAUGAUUAUGAUGCCGAUGAAGAUGAAGAAGAUGAUGAAGACGAUACUGAUACUGAUGCUGACACUGACGAUGAAGAAGAAUAUGGUGAUGAUACCCAAGAGGCACCCGAAGAUGCUGAUUAUGGUGGAUUCAGUCUGGGUGGGCUAUUAGAUGAAUUAGAUGAUGAUGAAGAUGAAGUUAAACCAACGGUUGCCAAGCCAGUAGCUACACCAGCUGUUGAUCAAACACGCACCGUUCAAGCUGGCAAAGAAAAGAUACAAAGUAAGGAAGAUAAGGGCUCAGAAGCAGCACCUGCAGAAGGUAGUGGUGUAAGUGCUGUAGAAGAAGCAAUCGCUUCAGUUGUAACACCCGCCACACCCGAAGCCGUUGCUGCAGAAACAACAAAAAAGGGUAAAACGAAAAAAGCCAAAAAGAAUAAGAAGAAGAAAGCCGCCUCUGCCGAGAGUGAUUUUGCCUAUGAAUUCCUGAAGGGCAUACUGGAUUUUUUCGAGUGAGCUUGCAAAGUGAAUAUGCAAGCAUGUUGGGAAAUAGUGUAAAUACGGUGUACUAAAGCGUCUAUUAGGUGCU